CUACUCGCUAACCCACUCAAUACUCAUCCCAUUAUCUCUCUCUCUUCUUCGCUUUCUCUUCACUUUCAAGGCAAAAGAAAUGGGUCUGCUAACUGUAGCACUGUUCCUUGCGUCCAUAAUGCGGAUGGUGGAAGCUCGAAUUCCAGGCGUUUAUACCGGCGGCGCGUGGCAAAGUGCUCACGCCACCUUCUACGGAGGAUCCGAUGCAUCCGGAACCAUGGGGGGAGCUUGCGGGUAUGGAAACCUGUACAGUCAAGGAUACGGAGUUAACACGGCGGCGUUGAGCACGGCACUGUUCAACAACGGCCUGAGCUGCGGAGCGUGUUUUGAGAUAAAAUGCGCAAACGACAAACAGUGGUGUCACUCCGGAAGCCCUUCCAUCUUCAUCACUGCGACCAACUUCUGUCCCCCAAACUACGCUCUUCCUAACGACAAUGGAGGCUGGUGCAACCCCCCUCGCCCUCACUUCGACCUCGCCAUGCCCAUGUUCCUCAAAAUCGCGGAAUACCGCGCCGGCAUAGUACCUGUCGCCUACCGCAGGGUGCCAUGUAUGAAGCAUGGGGGAAUGAGGUUCACGAUCAAUGGCUUCCGUUACUUCAACUUGGUGCUGAUCAGCAACGUAGCGGGUGCAGGGGAUCUGGUGCACACCUACGUUAAAGGGUCGCGAACCGGUUGGAUGCCAAUGAGCCGGAACUGGGGUCAAAACUGGCAGUCAAACGCGGUUCUUGUGGGACAAGCUUUGUCCUUCAGAGUCACCGCCAGUGACCGUCGCUCUUCCACCUCCUGGAACAUUGCUCCGCCACAUUGGCAAUUUGGUCAAACUUUCACCGGAAAAAACUUCCGUGUCUGACUCUCACCAUACACAACACCCUUUACUCUAUUUCUUUCUUCUAAUUUUAUUUUAUUUUAUUUUCUUUCAAAAAAUAUAUAUAUAAAUAUAAAAAGUACAAGGUCCUUUUCUUUUUUGUUCGGCUUCCCAAUCCCAUCUAUUUCCAUUUUUGCCCUUUUUGGAUUUUUUUUGACUGCAAUGUUUGGGAGACUGUGAUGAAAUGCAGGGAGAAGUUGAUUAGUGAUGAAGAAUGAGUGAGUGAGUGAGUGACAGCUUUUGUAGCACAAGGGUUUGACCUUUGUUUGGUUUGAUGAUUCAUAGUGUUUUAUUUUUGAAUUAAUUAAUUAAUGUUAGGGUGCGCGCGUGAAGUUGUAUGCUCCGAUUAGUGUAGGAAAUGCUGAAGCGGCUAGGGAAAAAACGGUAGCCCGCGGCUAAUUAGCAUUUUUAUUUUAUAAAAUGUUGGUAUUAUAUUAUAUUAUAUAGUGCUAUCAAUUGAAUAUAUAUUAUAUUGUCCACUGUA